GCGCAUGUGUGUGUCUGCCACCUGCCUCUAGCAGCACCAGAAAGGAACAGCUCAAAUCUGCACAUGGUCGAGCACCACACCAUCAGACAUAUGCCGGAGGUCAAGGCGGAGAUGCAGCGCCAUACGUGCUGCGGAAGCGCUACGAUCCGUGGCAUCAGGCAGCAUGCUGUUCUUUUUAGUUUAGUUAGCACACGGAGGCCCGGCGCCCCAGCCUGCUGUAGCAUCUAAUUACUUUUUAUGGGCCCCCGCUUUUUCAAGUCAUAAUGACAAAUCAAUAAAGCAGCUGUAAAAUGUCAUUGCAUUGUUAAUAAAGUGAUGGGAAAUGUUCUCCCACUUUCCAUUCAGAUAAACACUGGAACUCUGCAAAUACAGUAUCUCCGUUGUUUCAUAUAUACAGUGUCCAUAUUAGGAUAUCCCCAACUCCUGCAGAGACUGAGGAUGUCCUAAUAUGGACAACGACAUACUAUCAUCAUGAUGGAUACUAGAUGAAUGAGGUUUCAUGGGUAAGCUAUUUGCACAAAACACUCAACGUAGACUAUAGAUGCACAACAGUUGAAUGGAUCCGACAAUGGCAUUGCUCCUGCCUAAAUGUUGCGUCACUGUUGUGUUGUGAUUGCUAUCCAAGUUGUGGUUCUAUUAUCAUUGGUACGGAGCAAAAACAAUGCUGAGCUUCCAAAUGCAUGGUAUUCUGGGUAAAACACUUGUCCUCAUGAGGUUCAAUGAUGCUAUUUUUGUAAUGAUGAUCAGUCCAGUGUCUUUUUCUUCACAGAGCGAUCAAUAUUCCUCGUAAUCCAACACGGUAGUGACUAUCUGCGAACCACUUUAUCGUAUUAAUUGGGCAAAUGUUUGAAAGAUAUGACAUUUGUGUACAUAUGUCCAUAUUCACACCUGAGUUCACAGUUCUAUCCACUGAGACGAGCUCUUUAUGGAGAUGCCAAAGCUACCUGUGUUUUUCUGCUGUUCAUUUCUGGUUGUCUGCUGUGUGAAGGAAAGGAAAGAGGAGAGAGGGAUUCAUGUACUUCAAGUCAACAAACUACUGCAACACAAACUGAACACUUAAUUUUCUACAAAUUGAUACCAACCAAAAUCAUGCCAACCUAAUCAAAGGACAAACACACAGCCUGACUUGAAUAUUCAACCUACUCAAAGGACAAACGCACAGCCUGACUUGAAUAUUCAACCUACUCAAAGGACAAACGCACAGCCUGACUUGAAUAUUCAACCUACUCAAAGGACAAACUCACAGCCUGACUUGAAUAUUUUAGUGUGACCAAGAGGCAGCUUCCAAUUACUCCGCUGUGAACUACAGAGCAGUUUAUCACCUGUUUUCUCAUCAUAUUCACCCACCUCUCCCUGCCAGCCCUCCUGAGCCAUGUGCUCUUCGUCGACCCCCCUCAGGCUCCACCUUCACAACUCUCUCCCUGUCAGUCCCCCUCAGCCUCAGCCUCCACCCUCACACCUCUCCCUGUCAGCCCACCUUAGCCCGUUCUCAGCCUCUGCCUCAGCCUUCACCCUCACACCUCUCUCCCUGUUAGUCCCCCUCAGCCUCAGCCUCCACCAUCACCUCACACCUCUCCCUGUCAGCCUCCCUCAGCCUCAGCCUCCACCCUCACCUCACAACUCUCCCUAUCAGCCCCCCUUAACCCGCUCUCAGCCUCUGCCUCAGCCUCCACCCUCACACCUCUCUCCCUGUCAGUCCCCCUCAGUCUCAGCCUCCACCCUCACCUCACACCUCUCCCUGUCAUCCCCCCUUAGCCCGCUCUCAGCCUCCAUCCUCACACCUCUCUCCCUGUCAGUCCCCCUCAGCCUCAGUCUCCACCCUCACACCUCUCUCCCUGUCAGUCCCCCUCAGCCUCAGUCUCCACCCUCACACCUCUCUCCCUGUCAGUCCCCCUCAGCCUCCACCCUCACACCUCUCUCCCUGUCAGUCCCCCUCAGCCUCCACCCUCACACCUCUCUCCCUGUCAGUCCCCCUCAGCCUCCACCCUCACACCUCUCUCCCUGUCAGUCCCCCUCAGCCUCAGUCCCCCUCACCCUCACAUCUCUCUCCCUGUCAGUCCCCCUCAUCCUCAGUCUCCACCCUCACACCUCUCUCCCUGUCAGUCCCACUCAGCCUCAGUCUCCACCCUCACACCUCUCUCCCUGUCAGUCCCCCUCAGCCUCCACCCUCACACCUCUCUCCCUGUCAGUCCCCCUCAGCCUCCACCCUCACACCUCUCUCCCUGUCAGUCCCCCUCAGCCUCCACCCUCACACCUCUCUCCCUGUCAGUUCCCCUCAACCUCCACCCUCACACCUCUCUCCCUGUCAGUCCCCCUCAGCCUCAGUCUCCACCUUCACACUUCUCUUCUUGUCAGCCCCCUCAGCCUCGGCCUUAGCUUCCACCCUCAUACCUUUCCCUGUCAACCCCCCUCAGCUGUAAUCUCAGCCUCACACCUCUCUCCUCCUGUCAUCCCCCCUCAGCCUCACACCUCUCUCCCUGUCAGUCCCCCUCAGCCUCAGCCUUCAGCCUCAAACCUCUGGACAUGCAUCGUCACAGAUGACCCAGCCUCCAGCCUCACACCUCUGGACAUGCAUCGUCACAGAUGACCCAGCCUCCAGCCUCACACCUCUGGCCGUGCAGCUGACCCAGCCACUAUCUGAUCUGCUGGGUUUGAUGGAGCCUGAUCCAUAACAAUACCCAUCAAUUAUUGAACAACUCCUUUCUACAGCUUCUUUGCUGGGUGUUGCUUUUUGAAUGUCAAUAAAGAGAUGUGAUAUGGUACCUUCAUUAAUAAAGGUGUCUAAAGUUAAUUUGGUUAUGUUUGAAUGUCUCUCAAGAUUCAAGAACUGUGGGUUUUACAUAUGAAAAAUACAGUAACAAGUCAAAAUCAUUGUAUUAUAAUCUUUCACCGAAACAAACGUUUUGGUUUAGCUUUCAUAAUGCGUUACGGUGUUCAUAUUAGGACAAUCCUUUAGUGGACACCUAGUUAUAUUCAGAUUCUCAUGGGAACUUCAUUUGAUCAGAUAAAGUAUUUCUCAUUGCUGCCAUGACUAAAGCUUGGUUUGUGCUUCUCAGUGAGUUUGGUAGCCUUUCUCUAGCUGCAGAAUCCCAAUCAUAAAGGGUAUAAGGAACAUUGACUGUAACUUGCCAUUGGUAUUAGUGCUACAAUGUGUAAAAGCGUCACUUAAUACGCUCCGGUAGCCUUAGAGUUACUGGAGGUAAUAAGCGACUCCAGUGUCAUUUACGCAACUCACGCUGACUGUCGUGACAAUUAAGUAUCAUUCAAGUGACUUACACAUAGGGGCAAUUUCCGGAACACAGAUUAAGCCUAGUCCUAGACAAAAUAGCACUUUAAAUGGAGAAUCUGUAUUGAGUUUGCUUUUUAGUCUAUAUAACUAUGCUUUUUAGUCUCAGAAACCGGCCCAUAGAGUACAUAUUUUGUUAUUUUGUAAAGGUUAAUGUGACAGAAGCUGUAUCAAUGUUUCAGAAAAUUAUCUGUAACUGAUUAGGAUUAGAAACAAUGUCAAAGAGAGGGUAGAAUGACAAAGCAUUUAGAAACAUGACAGAUACACUGCAUUAGAAAAGUAUUCAGACCCCUUGACUUUUUCAACAUUUUCUUUUCUUAUAUCUUAUAUAAUAUUUAAUCAAUUUUAGUAUAAGGCUGUAACGUAACAAAAUGGAAUCUAAUGGACUAAAUGAAUCCUGAUAAAAGUGAACUCCAUUCCUGGAGUUUGAGUUCUCACUUAUGACACCAAUGCAACAUGGUUAGGUAGGUUAUUUUCUAAAUGUAAUUUGAUAGUUACUAGUUACCUGUCCAAAAUUGUAAUCAGUAACAUAACUUCUGGAUUACCCAAACUCAGUAACGUAAUCUGAUUACAUUUCGUUACAUUUAGAUCACUUUCCCCUUAAGAGGCAUUAGAAGAAGACAUGUUAGGAAAAGUAUGUGAACGACAUCUAUUGCAGGAUAAAUGUCACGCCCUGACCUUAGAGAUCCCUAUUAUUCUCUAUGUUUGGUUAGGUCAGGUUGUGACUCGGGUGGGAAAAGUCUAUGUUUUCUAUUUCUUUGUUUUUUGCCGUGUGUGUGUGUUUCCCAAUCAGAGGCAGCUGUCUAUCGUUGUCUCUGAUUGGGGAUCAUACAUAAGUUGUCAUUUUCCUUUUGGGUUUUGUGGGAUCUCGUUUUCUGUUUCGUGUUUUCUGCCUGACAGAACUGUGCACUUUCGUUUUCACGUUUGUUAUUUUGUUUGAGUGUUUUUUGAAAUAAAAGAAUCAUGAACACUUUCCACGCUGCGCUUUGGUCCACUCUUCCUA